CACCAGCCUCAGCGCAGCUCAGCGCUGUGGGCACUGUGGCUGUGGGGGACCUGAGGGGAUGACAUGAAGAUGGAAUUCUCUAAGUUCCACAGAUUGUUUCUUUCUCAAAAAUAUCCUCCUUUAAAGCUUCAAAUUCUUUAAUUUUUGAUUUAAAAGAACAAUUGUACCAUGGGGAAGAAAUCUUCCUUCAAACAAUAGUUCAGUAGUUCUGAAGUGAAAUAAUUUGGGGGGAUAAACAGCAAUGCCAAAGAACUUCAGAGUGUGCUAUAUCUGUGGGAGAGAGUUUGGAUCAAAGUCAAUUGAUUUCCAUGAACCCCAGUGCCUGAAGAAAUGGCAUAUUGAGAAUGAUAAACUACCAAAACACCAAAGAAGACCUGAACCGAUAAAGCCACAGGCUUUGAAAGCUGGUGGUUCAACUGACGUUCAAGCUUUAAAUGAAGCAGCUUGGGAAAGUGUAACUGCCCAGUAUGUACCCUGUGAAAACUGUGGUCGAACAUUUCUACCCGAUCGCCUCAUUGUACAUCAGAAAAGCUGCAAACCAAAAGAUGGAAGCAUGUCAUCUUCACAAUCAACAUCACCUCAGUCAAGUUCGAAUUACAGUUCACCACGAAUAGCGAGACGCCCAACAACAAUUAUCUGUUACAUUUGCGGCCGAGAGUUUGGAACUACAUCUAUAAGUAUCCAUGAACCCCAGUGUUUGAAAAAAUGGCACAUUGAGAAUGAUAAGCUUCCAAAGCAUUUACAGAGGCCUGAACCCAAGAAAGUUGCAGUCAUGUCUUUAACAGGUACAGGUUCAUAUGAUCCAGAGGCUUUAAAUGAGGCGGCCUGGCAAAGUUCCUUGGCCCAAUUGAUACCUUGUGAUAACUGUGGACGUACUUUCCUACCAGACAGACUGAUUGUCCAUCAACGAUCAUGUAAACCAAGUGUUCCAAAAUGACGGUCCAGCUCAAACUGACGUCUCAUGAUUGACAUUAGGCUGGAAAGUAUGGGUCCUAAAAUGGGUCCUAUGAGACAAUAAAAUAAAAAAAGUGA